AUGCCAAGAAAGUUUGUGGAGAAAUAUGGAGAAUGCUUACCGAAAACUAUAUGUGUAAAGACUCCAAAUGGUGUAAAUUGGAAAUUAAAUUUGGUAAAAAGUGAUGGCAAAAUAUGGUUUCAAAAGGGAUGGAAAGAAUUUGCAGAGUAUCAUUCUCUAGCUCAUGGCCAUCUCCUGCUUUUUAAAUAUGAAAGAACUUCCCUUUUUCAUGUGCACAUCUUUGAUAAGAGUGCCUUAGAGAUAAAUUACCCUUUGACAAGAGUUGAAGAUAAAAGGGUCUUCAACUGUCAAGGAAAAAAACCUUCAAAUAAUGAAGAUUGUAGAGCAAGUCAAAAGAGAAAAACUAACUCCUCCUUUGAAAUUGGAAGCAGUAGCUGUGUUAAUGUUCGGAAAUUUCAAAAGGCAGCCGUACAUCAUAUUGACAGAAAGGGUAAAGGAAAACCAGUGAUUGUUGAUGCUGAUAAAGUUACAACACUUGAAAGAGCAAAAUCUUUCAAAACAUGUAAUCCAUCCUUUGUUGUUGUCAUGGGUGCAUCAUACGUUGAGCACCAUUUUCUUCUGACUAUACCAUCUAUGUUCGGUAAGAGACACUUUGAUUUGAAUAAGAAGCGAGGAGAUAUUCAUUUUCAACUGUCAAAUGGCAGAGUUUGGCCUGCAAAGUACCGAAUCAGGAUGUCCCACACAGGACUAAGAUUUGAACUCUCAAGUGGAUGGAAGACAUUCGCAAAAGACAAUAACUUGAAAGUUGGCGAUGCUUGCAACUUUGAGCUCAUUCUUAGUACUAAUAUGACUUUCCAAGUUCAUAUCUUCAGGGAGACAGAUAAAGACAACACAAAUUGUUCAACAUCUCAAAGUAGGAUUAAUUGGUGUUUAAUUUUCUUUCCAAUUCCUUUUCUCAUAUGA